AUGAUGCAUCCAGGGAUUUGUAGUUCCCUCAAGGCCAUGGCCUGCCCUCGGGGCCCGUCUCUUACUACAAGUCCCGUGAUGACCCGAGGCGCGGGCAGCGCCUGCGUGUUGAAGCCGAGGGAGCGUGCGGGCGGUGCUAGUGGCGGGAGGAGUAAAGAUGGCGGUGCGGGGGUCUCCGCCUUCUGCUCCCGGCUGAAGCGCUCUGAGGGAAGCGGCAGCGGCAACUGGGGCAGCAAUAGCAAUCCAGUGGUGGUAGUUUCAGCAGCGGCUGCUGAGGCCGAAGCAAUGGCAGAAUUGGAGCACCUAGGCGGGAAGCGGGCGGAGUCGGCGCGAAUGCGGCGGGCUGAGCAGCUUCGGCGCUGGCGGGGCUCGCUGACAGAGCAGGAACCCGCGGAGCGACGAGGCACCGGGCGGCAGGCGCAGACUCGUCGCGGGAGCCCAAGAGUCCGCUUCGAGGACGGUGCUGUCUUCCUGGCCGCUUGCUCUAGCGGGGACACCGACGAGGUGAAAAAGCUUCUGGCAAGAGGUGCAGACAUCAACACGGUCAACGUGGACGGUUUGACAGCCCUGCACCAGGCCUGUAUUGAUGAAAAUUUGGACAUGGUGAAGUUUCUGGUGGAGAACAGAGCCAAUGUAAACCAGCAGGACAACGAGGGCUGGACACCCCUUCAUGCAGCAGCUUCCUGUGGCUAUCUCAACAUAGCAGAGUAUUUCAUUAACCAUGGAGCCAGUGUGGGUAUUGUGAAUAGUGAAGGUGAAGUCCCCUCUGACCUUGCAGAAGAGCCUGCCAUGAAGGAUCUUCUUCUGGAACAAGUGAAGAAGCAAGGAGUUGAUCUAGAGCAGUCAAGAAAAGAAGAAGAACAACAGAUGUUACAGGAUGCCCGCCAGUGGCUCAACAGUGGGAAAAUAGAAGAUGUAAGGCAGCCUCGUUCAGGGGCCACAGCCCUCCAUGUGGCGGCUGCCAAGGGCUACUCUGAGGUCCUCAGACUUUUAAUCCAGGCUGGCUAUGAACUCAAUGUUCAGGAUUAUGAUGGCUGGACUCCCCUCCAUGCUGCUGCGCACUGGGGUGUGAAGGAGGCUUGCUCCAUCCUGGCGGAAGCACUCUGUGAUAUGGAUAUCAGGAACAAACUGGGCCAAACACCAUUUGAUGUGGCUGAUGAGGGUCUUGUGGAGCACUUGGAGAUGCUCCAGAAGAAGCAGAAUGUGCUUCGAAGUGAAAAAGAGACACGGAAUAAGCUCAUUGAGUCAGACCUGAACAGCAAGUUGCAGAGUGGACUCUUUAAGAACAAAGAGAAGAUGCUCUAUGAAGAAGAGAUACCCAAGUCCCAAGAAAUGGAGGAAGAAAGCAAAGAGUCCAGCAGCUCCAGCUCAGAGGAGGAGGAAGGUGAAGAUGAAGCUUCUGAGUCAGAAACCGAGAAGGAGGCAGAUAAAAAACCAGAAACCAUUGACAACCAUUCCAACUCUGAAAGCAAGAGUAUUAUUACGGAACAGAUACCAGCACCAGCUCAGAAUACCUUCUCUGCCUCUUCAGCCAGGAGAUUCUCCUCCAGCCUUUUUAACAAGCCGGAAGAGCCCAAAGAUGAAUCUCCUUCUUCGUGGAGACUGGGACUCAGAAAAACUGGCAGCCACAACAUGCUGAGUGAGGUGGCCAAUUCCAGGGAAGCUCUAAGGGACCGAGGCUCUUCUGUCUACCGGUCAUCAUCAAGCCCUCGGAUUUCUGCUCUGCUGGACAACAAAGACAAGGAGAGAGAAAACAAGAGCUAUUUUAGUUCACUAGCACCCCGGAGGCUCAGCAACACAAGUGACGUCGAAGAAAAGGAGAACAGAGAAUCAGCUGUCAAUCUAGUGAGGAGUGGGUCCUAUACUCGGCAGCUGUGGAGAGAUGAAGCGAAGGGAAAGGAAACUCCGCAGACAGCUGUUCCAUCCACCUAUGUAUCAACCUACUUGAAAAGUGCUUCAUUUGGUAGAAGUAGUGACCCCACAAGUCCCUACAUUUCAGCCAAUCGCAAUUCAUCUCCUGCUACCUCACCCAUUACCAUUGGUUCAUCUACCUCUCGGGGCAGCAAGUGGCAACCUGCCUCUUCUUGCCCUGCACCAAUCAGUGCAAACACUACUGCAUCUGUACACCAUGGCAGGACUCCUUACAAAUCACAGGCUGACUCAACAGCAGAGAAAACAGCAGACAAUGUCUCUUCCAGCACCCCGCUCUGUGUGAUCACUAAUCGCCCUCCACCUAACACUGCCAAUGGGGUUACAACUGCCACUCUGCUCUCCACUCCUGGAACAGACUCCUCUGUGGAAGCCAGGGAGAAGAGGAGGUCAUAUCUGACUCCUGUACGGGAUGAGGAAGCAGAAUCUUUACGGAAAGCACGCUCCAGACAAGCUCGGCAGACUCGAAGGUCUACUCAAGGCGUGACACUAACGGACCUUCAAGAAGCAGAAAGGACAUUCAGCCGGUCGAGGGCAGAACGGCAAGCUCAGGAGCAGCCUAGCCAGAAGCCUGCGGGCACUGAAGGGCUUGAGGGAAGCACAGAGAAGCAGGAGCCCUCAGCAGUCCCGGCAAAGGAAGCUGGCGAGAGCCGUCAACCCUGGGGCGGGAGUCUGGAUGAGGAGCCUGUCUAUCGUCGCCUGAGGUAUUCAGCUCAGCCAGACAAACCCACAACACCAGUGUCUCCUUCUGCAUCAAGACCCACUCUCUACACCAGUUCCCAUCUGCUACGGACAAGCAGAUCUUCAGUCCCUGACUCUGAGACUUCAGAGACCACCACAAACACUGCAGUUGCAAAAGAAAUGGACAAAAAUGAGAGUGAAGAUGCAGAUGUGGAUGAUCAGUCCUCUAAUAGACUGUCCAUCCGUGAGAGGAGGAGGCCCAAGGAACGACGAAGAGGCACAGGCAUCAAUUUCUGGACAAAGGAUGAAGAUGAAACUGACGUCUCUGAAGAGGUAAAAGCAGCACUGCAUGAAAGACUUUCUAGGUUGGAAUCAGGAGGUAGCAACCCUACCAGCAGCGAUUCUUACGGUGACCGUGACCGGGCUUCAGCAAGAGCCCGACGGGAGGCACGGGAGGCCCGCCUCGCCAGCCUGAGCAGCCGAGCGGAAGAGGACACCAACAGGGAUUAUAAAAAACUCUACGAGAGUGCCCUAACCGAAAACCAAAAACUGAAAACAAAACUUCAAGAGGCCCAGCUAGAGCUAGCAGAUAUAAAGUCCAAGCUUGAGAAGAUGGCCCAGCAGAAACAAGAAAAGACCUCUGACCGAUCGUCGAUGCUGGAGAUGGAGAAACGGGAGAGGAGAGCCUUGGAGCGGAAAAUGUCCGAGAUGGAGGAGGAGAUGAAGAACCUCCACCAGCUAAAACAGAUUCAAACCUUGAAGCAGAUGAACGAGCAACUGCAGGCUGAGAACAGGGCCCUGACCCGAGUUGUGGCCCGACUCUCGGAGUCCGUCGAGUCCUCGGAUACCCAGGAGCUCUAG